CCCGGAGAAGAAGUCAAAACACAAACAGACUUGAAGAGCUUGCCGAGUCAGCCCAGCGGGGCCACAGCGCACAAGCCCAGGCAAGAGCUGCCCUCUCAGCUCCUGCUAGAUAGCAUGAAGGGCCCCAGCGUUCUCCAGACACUUUGGAGACUCUUAUUCUCCCUGUCUGUGGUCUUGGCUGCCUCUGGUGAGGAUUGUGAUCCUAGCCUCUGUCUGAAUGGAGGUACCUGCCUGAAUGGAAGUGAGAGUUCCACUUUCUACUGCCUCUGCCCUGAAGGAUUCACUGGGCAGAAUUGCAGCGAGACUGAGCAAGGGCCCUGCACCCCCAAUCCUUGCCUAAACUAUGGCCAAUGCCGAGUGGUGACUGAGUCCCGGAGAGGAGAUGUCUUUGCUCAGUAUAUCUGUGAAUGUCUUGAAGGAUUUGAGGGUCCUCAUUGCCAGAGAUUAAGCACUGUUGCUGGGAACGAGUGCAGCAAACAGCCUUGCAAGAAUGGUGGCACCUGUCUUGACCAGGAAGAAGGUUACAUCUGCGAGUGUCCCUCCCCGUUCAUGGGAAAGUCUUGCGAGUCCCCUUGCAACAUGCCACUGGGGAUGGAGGGAGGUGCCAUUGCUGAUUUCCAGUUAUCAGCCUCAUCUACGUAUUACAGUUUUCUGGGGAUGCAGCGCUGGGGACCAGACUUGGCCCGGCUCAAUGCUCAAGGGAUUGUCAAUGCCUGGACUGCCAGCACCUAUGACAAGAACCCCUGGAUACAGGUGAACCUUUUGCGGAAGAUGAGAAUAACAGGCAUUAUGACACAGGGUGCCAGCCGGACAGGGAGUUCUGAAUACCUGCGGACCUUCAAAGUGGGAUAUAGCAAUGAUGGAUACAUCUUUAAAUUCAUCCAGGAGCCAAAUAAACUCAGAGACCAGGUCUUUGUGGGGAACAUAGACAACAGUGGCCCAAAGGCCAACGUUUUUGAGCCCCCUCUGGUGACCCAGUUUGUGCGGAUUGUGCCCAUCGUCUGCCGCAGAGCCUGUACCCUCCGGUUUGAACUUUAUGGUUGUGAAGUGGAAGGUUGUUCUGCACCGCUGGGUAUGAAGUCCAUGAUCAUCCCUGACAAAAAGAUCACAGCUUCUAGCACCUUCAAGACUUUUGGUUUGGAUGCUUUCAGUUGGCAUCCCCAUUUUGCUAGAUUGGACAAACAAGGCAAAUUCAAUGCUUGGACUGCUCAGCGCUUACAGGACACUGAAUGGUUGCAGAUUGAAUUGGAAACCCCUAAGCGGGUGACAGGUAUCAUCACUCAAGGGGCCCGGGAUUUUGGUAAUAUCCAGUACGUAUCAGCAUACAAAGUAGCCUAUAGUGAUGAUGGCAAGUCUUGGACUGAAUACAAGGACAAAAGAACAAAUAGUAGCAAGGUCUUCAUAGGAAAUUCAGACAACAACUCCCACAAGAAGAACAUAUUUGAUACCCCUUUCUACUCCCAAUUUGUCCGGAUCCUACCUGUUGCCUGGCAUGGCCGUAUCACCUUGAGGGUGGAGCUGCUGGGCUGUGAGGUGUAGAGCCCUUCUACUCACGAGAGAGACUGGACAGGGGCUGAAGAGGAUGAGAGGUCCAAGACCAGGGCUUGCCUUCUUCCUCCCCCUAACCCUGACUCCAGCCUCUAUGCCUCACUUACCUCCACCUGCAUGUCCCAUGCCCUAAGACCUGGGAACAGGAUGAGCAGUGGAGGUUCACCGCCUGAUUGUAGUUGAAACUUGGGAUGGGGGUGGGUGGGAGGGGCUUCAGGGCCCCCUGUUUUUUUUCUGUAGGGGACAGGCUUUGCCUAGGGUGACCCUCACCCUCACGCUCACGCUGCUGUGGCCCCCACAGCUGUUGCACACUGGGGACCCGAGUCCUUCACCCCUACAUUGGGAGUUAUUCCAGAUCUCUUUGGUUUCAAUCAGUGUCAGAAAUCUUAAAGAGUUCCACAGAGUGGAGUGUGAUUGAUAUGGAAGAAAUUUGUGUUUCUAUGUGUGGGAAUGGGUAGUGUGUAGAAGUAGGGCUUGUGUGUUAUGAAUUGCAGUGGAGAAUGGAUGUGUGUGUGUGUGUGUGUGUUGUACCUGCUUUCCUGCCUCCAUCCUCUAAGGCUUGCUUUUAGAGCCAGAAAUAUAGGAAGAACCAGUGGUAGAAGGACCCAUUCUUCUCUGCAAGUUCUUACUGCCCUCCCCAACAUUCCCUCCCCCAGCAGUCUAGAAAGAAAAGGAAUCUGUAGUGACUUUUUGUCCUGAUAACUCCUAGCAGGGGUCUUCCCUGUACCUAUCAGUUAUACAUUCUUAGGCAGAAGUGACAGCAGGAGGAGGGGAUCUUCCAACAGGCAGACAAUUGCCUCCACCCCUUUAUUUCCUAUAGACUCUCCUGUGAACUUUCAGUCUUCUCCUUUGAUAUCCAGAAGAAGGGGGUGCUUAAAAAAAUAAUUUCAAGAAGGAACUGGGGAUGGGAUUGGGGACGUUUCUAAAGGGCUCAGGAAAAAAGGUCUGAGAAAUAUCAUUGGGGCCAAAGGAUUAAUCUAUUACCCUUAAAAAGCUGACUGAGGGGUCAGAUGGAUGUGGGGGCUCUGAUGCCUUUUCUAUACCCUGGUGAUUGUAACACAAGAUGGGUAAUUUCUAAAAUAUAUUUAUACUUACCAACUUCUCCAUA